AUGCGGAAGCCUACACUUCAGGAUAUUUUCUUCGCUGCAUGGCUGGUAGACCUAACCGUGGCUGCGCCCCUACAGGAAAGUCAAAGCAUCGAGGACUUCGACUGGUCUUCAAUCACCCCAACUGAGCAGCUCGAAUAUCACCAAUGCGGUGACGGUUACAAAUGCGCUCGAUUGAAGGUUCCUCUUGACUGGACAAAUGCUUCCAACUCGUCCCAGUCUGUUGCCAUCGCCAUCGUUACCCUUCCGGCGACAGUCCCUAAUACAGACCCGUCCUUUGGGGGAACCAUCCUCAUCAACCCCGGCGGUCCGUCCGGAUCUGGAACGGACAUGGCCAUCGAACUCGGGCAUUAUUUGCAGGGAGUCGUUGACGGCGAGAGACACUAUGAGAUCCUGGGUUUUGACCCUCGAGGUGUCGCUUUUAGCACUCCUCGUGCUGACUGCUACAACGGCAAUGAAAUUCGUCGCACAGCCGAUCAGGUUCAAGCCGCAGGAAUCCCUUCCCCAGAUUCUGGGUCUACAGCUCUGAACUAUUUGUACCAGAGUCACGCAGCGGUUUCAGAGUUGUGUGCCGAGGCGGGAGAUGACAGCAUUUUUGCACACAUGUCCACAGCAUCAGUGGCGCGAGACAUGUUAGAGAUCGUCGACCGAGUGAACGAGCUGAAACAUAAUUCCUCUACCCGGGCUAACUCGGAGGAGCCAAAGCUUCAAUAUCUAGGUGUCUCAUAUGGGACAUUCCUUGGAAAUACUUUUGCCUCCAUGUUCCCCAAUCGUGUUGGGCGAAUGGUUAUUGAUGGAGUCGAGGAUCCCCAUGACUAUAUCAAGGGUACGUGGGAGAAGAAUUUGAACGACUUUGAGAAGGUUCUAGACCACUUCUACCAAACGUGUUUCGAGGCGGGCAGUGACUGCCUCUUGAAGAAGGACUCGGAUAAAAAUGCCUCUGCAAUUCGAGAACGCAUAGAUUCUUUCCUCAGCAGUCUCGAGAACUCGCCUGUCCCUACUGUAUAUGAAGGCCGUACCCGCCUAGUGACUUCACUCCUUGUCCGCACUAUGAUCCAUGACUCUCUUUACGACCCCAUUAACCGGUACGAUCCACUUUCAGCACUCUUGGCCUCAUCUCUCACCGGGGACCACACUCUACUGCUUCAAAACUCGACCGUGGAGCUUGAAAGUGCUUGCCAAAUAAAAAAUGAAACAUACCCCGCCAAUUACACUUGGGCCAACGAUGCAGGGUCAAGUAUCCUAUGCGGAGACUCUGCCUUUGACGCAGGUGACCGCAACAUAACCUGGGCAAGAGACUUGGUGGACUUUCUUUACGAACAGUCUCCAACGGCUGGCGAGGAUUGGACUAAACUCCCUCUGUGCUGUAUUGGAUGGAAAUACAAACCGAACUUUGUCUUCAGGGGACCCUUUGGCAGUUCAAUGGGGAAAAACAACACUUCAAAUGCACCACUUCUAGUUCUAUCAACUAGAUACGACCAUGCAACUCCCUUGGCCAACGCGUUUGCAGUUUCAAAGAGUCAUGCCGGCUCCACGGUUGUGGUGCAGGAGUCGUGGGGACAUACUGCUCUUCUUACAUCCAGGAGCAACUGCACGGCAGGAAUUGUGAAGGAGUAUUUCGCCACCGGAAAGCUCCCACAGGAGGGCACUGUCUGCGAACAGGAUUGUGUGCCUUCAAUUCCUUUAAAACCCUGUCCGGGCUUACCAGGUUACGCCUGA